CGCUCUAGUAGCUUUCUUGGAUUUCCUGUGAAAUUCCUUCUGCAAACUCGAUCGAUCAAUCCCAAUAUUCACUCCACAUACGAACAAUGAGCUUCUGGGUAUCAAUUCUGCCUUCUUCAAUCCAUAUAAUUUCUUCCUCUGUUUUUUCCUUCCGAGUUUCUUUCAUGGCGGGGCUUUUCCUAAUUUGCUACUUGCGUUUUCUUCCGGUUGACGACGGCGACAGCUGAGGCUACUGAUGCUCAUGUUUAGCAUGUUACCAAUGGGAACCAGCCCGGUCCUGAAUUUCAUGGUUGCCAUGCUGGUUAUGAAGUCCGCGUUCCGUUAUCGCUACUCGCCGGAAUAUCGCGCUGCCGCUGUUGCCGCUGCACGAUCCCUGAACGUGGUUGAGGAAGGAGCCGGAGACGAACCGCCGCCGGAGGGAUUUCGCGUAAUUGACAGAGAAUCCAUGGAUGAACUCGGGAGGAAUUUUGGGCCUUACCGCGAGAUGGUCGAGAUCCUCUGCUUUAUCGGUGAACAGUUCCCUCCCCUCGGAAUAGAGCUGAUGCAUUUCUUCUUAGAAGCUGUUCCCGAAGAAAUCCGGCGACUGACUGCGGACGAGCUAGCAAUGUUGCAUGAAGCAGCGCCUCCACAAAGCGGCGGUAAUGAUCAAGAAAGGGCGUCGGCGGCGGCGGGCCAUGUUGCCAUUGACAUCCCCGAUCCUGCACCGGAAACAGAGCCACCGUCGUCGGUCAUCAUCGGAUCAGGAACAGAGCCACGUCCAGCGGCCCAGGUCGGGGGUCGUAUUCGUCGGGAAAUCGAGAUGACCAUCCCGCCAUUCAACCCGCUGCCGUUAAUGCCCACUUCACGAACUGUACCGCCGUCGCCCUACUACUUUACCGGAGAAAGCAGUGCCGCCGGGAGCAGAAGAGCAGCUAAGGAAACGGACGAGGCAGGCGCUGGGAAGAGCAAGGAAGCUUGAAUCCAAUGGAGACGCAAAAUUGAAUGCAGAUAGACAGAAGAAGAUCAUUACCCAUCAGUCCACUGGAUCGAUCUACUACUUGAAGAACAGAAAGCUUGCUCCUUUUUUUUUUUUUUCACUUCGAUUUUUAGUUGUGCAGUUUGCCGGUUUACUUUCAGCUCUAGCUUUGGACCUCAUAGAUGAUUUCGAUUGUUUCCAUAGAUCACAUUACAUCCAUUCAUUUUUUGAGCAUCAUGAUUUGAUCUCCAUCUCCAUAUGUUUGGGAGGUUGAGUUCGAAUGAAUGCUUACUACUCUU